UGGCGCGGCGCAGUGUGCUUUUGCGUGUUUCGCAUACAUCACUGUUCUCGCGGUACGGAGUGCGGUGUGCGGAGUGCGAGAGCAAUCGAAAAAUGUAUCUUCCGCUGAGGUCGAACGCGGUAUCGCGCACUGCGUUCGCCAAUCCUAACGCUUAAGUACCCGUCGCCGGCCCGCCGGUCGCCGGGAAAUCCUGCGCGAGCUCACGUAUCGCGAGACACAGCCCCGUCGUGUGACCGUCGCCGUCGAUCGUAGAUUAUAGCAGGCCUAACGGAGACCGCAAAGUCACGAGAUUCUACCGACUCAAGUUCCAUUACCACAGAUGGUCAUUGUGACGGAGUCAUCCGAUUUCCAUCGAUUAUAUUUAUAGUGUACACCCGGUGUAGUUUUGCGUGUAGUUUGGCUGAAAAAAAAUAUGCAUCCAUCCGCUGGCUGACGACGUGUCUUAAUCGUAAGCGCUUGUCCACAAUGACUAAUCAUUUACCUGCUAGUGUGGUGUUGGACGUGGAUUCUCCUAGCUAAAAACAAUUCAAACAAAAGUUGUAAGGAAAGAAAUACAGAAUGGAAUCAGCUAUAGCUGGACGAAGGCGGACUGCCACACGGCAUUCUGCAGAAGACCAAGCGCUUGAUCAAAUAGCUAAGGAGGCAGAAGCAAGAUUGGCUGCUAGGAGACAGGCAAGAGCGGAAGCCAGAGAAAUACGAAUGCGUGAGUUGGAGAGACAGCAAAAGGAGGCGGAGGAGAAUGCUGACAGGGUUUAUGACAUGUGUACAGCUGACGUAAACAGAACCAUGAGAGUAACUCCAGAUCCAGUGCGUACAUCGCGGCUUCUUACAAACUCCAACAAUUUCCAAUCGAGUCGUAGAUCGUCGGAAGAUUCAUUGGAAGAUGCAGGAUUAAACAGAGAUAUUAGACUGGAAUUGAAGGAGUUUGAAGAAAAGUUCAGGAAGGCGAUGAUAGCUAAUGCUCAGUUAGACAACGAAAAAUCAUCUUAUGCCUAUCAAGUUGAUUUAUUAAAAGACAAAUUGGAAGAAUUAGAAGAAACAACUGCACAAUUACGUAGAGAAUUGAGAGAAAAGAAUCGAGAUGUUGAACAAUUAAAACGAAUCAGUCAGAGAUUAAAAGAAGAUUUAGAGAUUUGUAAAGCACAAUUAUUAGAAAGAGAUACGCUUAUACAAGAAAACGGUUUAGUUAUCGUUGACGAUGAAGGAAGCGAAAAUGAAGAUAACGAAAAUAUUGAAAAUGGGCCAUGUCACAGAAAGAGGGUACUAGUCAGUACAGAAGCUGCAGAGUUAUUAGAAACGGCUGGUAAAGGUUCACUAGAUGUUCGACUGAGAAAGUUUGCUUCUGAGAAAAAAGAAUUGCAAGAUGAAAUUCGACAUUUAAGAUUGGAAUUAGAAGAAACCAGAAAUCGCGUGAGAUCGGAGAGAUCAUCUGGUUCAGUAUUAGGUUGCUUAUCAGAUAAUGAAGAUAUUCAACGUGAGGCAAAUAAAUUGUUGGCGGAUUAUAAAUUUAAGUUACAAAAAGCGGAACAAGAUAUGUCUACGCUACAAGCAACUGUAGCUAGAUUGGAAAGUCAAGUAAUUCGUUAUAAAUCAGCUGCGGAAGCAUCUGAGAAAGCAGAAGAUGAAUUGAAAGUGGAAAAACGAAAAUUGCAGAGAGAAAUAAGAGAAACGCAAGGUCGCGUAGAAGAAUUGGAGACAGCAAACUCUCAUCUGCAAAGGCGAUUGGAUAAACUUAAAAACGCAAAGUCCGCUUUACUGAAGGAGCUUUGAUGGAGCGAUGUUUGCAGAGAUAUACAAUGAGUUUGUCACUUACUUAUACCCUGAAGAGACCGUGUGCCGAUGUUGCCUCGAUAUUAAUACUACUUAACAUUUUGGAUGUAGUUUACAAAGGCGAAGAUUGCGUAUUACACCGUUAUAACAUUUCACAUUGUAGUGGACAUCAUUCGGACACAGAACCACAGGGGAUGUUACUGUGGGAAAGAAUCCCUACCUCUUACAUCCAGUGAGUCUUGGUACCAACUUUGUUACUCCUGCAUUAUCCUUAUGGAAUAACAAGACACUUUUUAAUGCAUUUCACAUACAUUAAAUUUUUCUAUAAAUUUAUAAGCAGUUAUGGAGUCGAUUCAGAACUUGGUACUUUUAUAUAAGUGGCAAAUGAUCAAAUAGCAUAUUUCUUUUGUUUCUGUCUCUAGUUGCAAUAAAUUCAUGAAAAUUAUUUCAAAUUACUAAUAUAUAUAUAUUUUUUUUAAAUGUAAGAUAUUUAUAUUAUGAUAAACACAAUGAACGUUAAACGCUUUUUACUAUAUUAAAUUUAAUGCAGUAGAGUAUUUCAGUAGUUUCUUCCUUUACCUAUCCCUGUGAUAGUAGUAAAAAUUUUUUAGCAUAAAAUCUAGAAAUAAGAGCGUAAAAAUGGAAAUUUUUACACUAAUAUUUGUAAUUUGUAUAUUAAAUGGAAUUACAUCUAACUGAAGUUUAUAUGUACUGCUAAUCAAAUUGCCACACUCAAUGUUGACUAAAAGCAAAGCAUUUUAUACACUUGAAUUGUCUCCAGAACUGAUCUUUGUAAUAUUACAUUGGUACUACAUGCCGCUUUUAUUCGACAGACUGAUGUGAAAUAAAGCAAAAGUAGAUGUGCGAUAGUCGUGAUGUGAAGAUUCUUCACAUUAUGUAUGAUAGUGUGGUCUUUAUAUAUUUAAAAUAAAUUAAAAAUAUGUUGUUGAAAUUA